UACGCGUUAGAGACGCGCGCAAACGCAGAAGAUUGACCCGGCCGACCGACCAGCAGCCCCGGCAGCUUGCAAUGCUCCCUUACGCGACGGCUGCAGAGGCAGCGGCGGCGCUUGGGCGGGCGAUGACGGCGGCCGAGGCGGCGUGGUUCGGCUACUCGGCGGCGGUGCCUGACCGGUGGCUUUACUGCCACAACGUCCCAAUCUUGCUUGUCGUCUACACUCUGGCCCCGCUCCCCCUAGCUCUGCUCGAGCUCCGUAGCACGGGCGACGCAAACGCCAGCUCGCUUAUACACAAGUACAAGCUGCAGCCGAGGGUGCGCCUCUCGCCGGCGGCCUUCCUCCGCUGCUACCUCGACACCGCUCGUGUCUUGCUCCUCUCCGUCGGCCCGCUCAGCCUCGUCUCCUACCCUGUCGCCGAGAUGGUGGGGAUCCGGACCGGGUUGCCGCUGCCAUCGGUGGGGGAAAUGGCAGCGCAACUUGUGGUGUACCUGCUGGUGGAGGACUAUCUCGGUUACUGGAUGCACAGGCUGCUGCAUACCAAGUGGGGCUACGACAAGAUCCACCACGUCCACCAUGAGUUCACGGCCCCUAUGGGCUACGCCGCACCGUAUGCGCACUGGGCGGAGGUCCUCAUCCUCGGCGUACCCGCUUUUGCAGGCCCGGCCAUCGUGCCGUGCCACAUGACCACCUUUUGGCUCUGGUUCGUCCUGCGCCACAUCGAGGCCAUCGACACUCACAGCGGGUUCAGCUUCCCGCUCAACCCGACCAAGUUUAUCCCGUUCUACGGAGGGGCAGAACACCAUGACUACCAUCACCGUGUAGGGGGCCAAAGUCAGAGCAACUUCUCUACUAUUUUCACCUUCUGUGAUUAUUUGUAUGGGACAGAUAAAGGCUACAGAUACCAUAAGGCCAGCCUAGGAAAGGUACAUACAUGCGUGCAUGCGUGCCUGCCCUACGUCACAUGAACUUGAUUUCCCAUCGUAUAAUGAACAUACAUAGUACUUAUAAUGUAGUUAAACCGGUAACGUGUAAAUAUAUAGCUGCAGGAGAUGAUAGAGUAACGUGUCGACAAAGGAGAAGCGAACGAUUUCGAGGGCGGGACGCCACUACUGUACUACUUUAGGCCGGCCGGCCUGUCCCACAGGCUCUUGCUGAUGAAAUGCCCGUUCUUGCGCUCGUGUGUGUGUUGUGAUCAUCAUCUGUCGUCUGCAGAGCCCAUGCAUAUGUUGCAACGCCCCGAAUAACCGAUCGAUCUUGUAUAAAUUGAUGGAACUCGUCGUGUGUGUUUAUCUUUGGUGUCGUUCAAAGAUUAUUUUCUAGAAUACGGUGUCGUUCAAAGAUGACUAAUUAAAGCCAACAGAAGUACAGGACAAUGGUAACACAGAGAAUCAAGUUGCUACU